AAUGGAAAAGUAGGCUUGAGGUUCCGAACUUGAGUGAUGGAAUGAGAUACCGAACCUGAUGUUUGUGUAUGCAUGGGGCAUUGCAGUGGCUAUACGAUGAUUGAAAAAUGGAUUAUUUUUUGAUUUUGCUCUCUUCGGGAAGUUGAAGCGAUUAUUUUUGUUUAAAUACUUAGCGGCUAUACUAUUACUUGUGAUACAAUAUAUGCUGAUAUUGCUAAUUUUUUACUCUAUUUGGUUAAGGACAAAGGACAGGUGGCAUUAGUUACAUUGUUACCACUAGGCUACAAGUUAGGUGUACUGGGAAGUCACUGAAAAGACUUAAUUUGGACAGUGAAAAGUAUUGUUGAAAAGGAAUAACAAUUUACAUAAUGGGGUUAUAUACUUGUGAACUGUGAUGUCCGCUGAGUUGUAGGCAUCUUACUUGUAACUGUCACCUAUUAUCGUAGAGUUAAAAAUAAAGAUAAAUUUUUGAGUGUUUUGAAAAAUUAAGAAUUGACAAUUCUUUUUGUACAAGCUUGUGUUCAUGCAUCUAUUGAGAUUUAGUAUUCAGUUGAUUCACGCUGUUUGCCAUCGAAAGGCUUGCCAAAGGUCUAGUCCAAGUGAGUUAUGAGGAAAAUUUAACAUAUGACGAAGUUAUUUCUAAUGACAGUGAUAAUUUGAGUCUACAGUGAUGCUUAGUGGUUUAAAGGGCCGAUUGCAUUUCUUAGACUAAAAUAACACACAUGUUCUGUUUUAGUUGUUAAUGAUUUUUUAGAUCUUCCUAUACGUCUAACAACGUACCUAAUAGAGUGACAAAAAUGAUUCUUACAAUCAACCCUAAAUCUAUUGGGAGCACGACUUAAUCCAUCGUUGUUGUUAACAAUGAUGCGUAAAAGUAGAUAAUUUUUGGUGAAGUGGAUGGAUAAUCAAGGUUAAAUCAUUGGCUUCGGGGAUAAGUGGUGUCAUUGGAUUCAGUUUUGUAUAUCUACAGUUUCUUUUUCAGUUAUGGUGAACGGCAGUCCGGAGGGUUAUUUUCGUAGUAGUAGGGGAUUGAGGCCAGGGGAUCCUUUGUCUUCAUUACUAUUUGUCAUUGUAAUAGAGGCUUUCAGCAGGAUGCUUAAGAAGGCUAUGGGAGAAGGUUUGUUAAGGGGCUUUAUGGUUGAUCAGCUGCAAGUAUCUCAUAUGCUAUUUGCAGACGAUACAUUGAUCUUUUGUGAUGCAGAUGUUCAGCAAUUCAGGAACCUACGUCGUGUGCUCUUCCGAUCUUCUUCCUCAGUUUCUAAUCCAUGGGGUACCUCUACAAUGUCUCCAAAUGCUGAUGGUUGUACCAGUUCACCUAGUUAUCUAAGUGGUCGCCCUUCAUCUGGUGGAAGUGGUAAUCGACCAUCAACUUCUGGUAGUGAUAGAACACAUGAACCAACUGAUAGUGCAUGGUCUUCAAAUUCUAGACCUUCUUCUGCUUCUGGGGUAUUGUCAUCAAAUCACACUUCAGCGACAUUAUUGCGUCCUAGAAGUGCAGAUACCAGACCUAAUAACUCACAUCUCUCGAGGUUCACAGAACCUGCCUCUGAAAGUUUGUUGGCUUGGGGUCCAAGUAGUACUGCAGAGAGAUCGGGAGUGAAGAGCUCCAAGGAAGACAGGUUCUCUUUGAGUUCUGGGGAUUUUCCAACACUUAGCUCAGAUAGAGACAAUGGGAAGAAUUCUGAACUGCAAGGUUAUCAUGGCCAUGGCCGUCCUAGCUCAGCUUCUGACAGAAUAGCUCAGACAAAAGAGAGAACCACAUCUCAGGCUGAUGAUGCUUCUUUGAGUUUGGAUGUUAGCAGUGGAACUGUUAAGACAUUGAAGAGAGAUGGUUCCAGAAGUGCAGAGAAUGACAUCCAUCCUAACAUGGAGAAGUGGCAAGGGGAGCCACAACAUGAUUUCAAUGCUAAUAUAACCUCUCAGCAUUUUGAUACAUGGCGUGGUCCUCCUAUAAAUGCUCCAGCUGGUGUUUGGUAUAGAGGUCCUCCUGGGGGACCCCCAUUUGGACACCACAUUGCUCCCGGUGGCUUUCAUAUGGAACCAUUCCCUUACUAUCAUCCCCAAAUUGCACCUCCAACUCUAGCAGGUCCACAGCCAGUUCCUCCACCAGGGACCAAUCUUCGAGGACCCCAUCCAAAAAAUGGAGAUAUAUAUAGGCCGCAGGUGCCUGAUGCCUUUGCACGUCCGACUAUGCCAUUUCGGCCUGGUUUUUACCCUGGACCAAUGGCUUAUGAGGGUUAUUAUGGACCCCCAAUGGGCUAUUGCAACACCAAUGAACAAGAAGUUCCAUAUCUGGAAAUGGCUGUGGAUCCCCCAGUUUACAAUAGAUAUACAGUGCCAAGUACUCCUGAUCAUGGAAAGUCCCAUGGCAGAGCUGGUGGGCAUGGUUCUAGUGGUAAAGUAUUGUCAGAACAAGUGGAAGCUGCUCAUUUAGAUACUAAUCGAGUAUCACACAAAGUUCUUUUAAAGAAACAUGAUGAAUGGAAUGAGGAGGAAGGAGAAAAUUGGGGAUGCAAUGCGUCAUCUGAUGCCUCCUUGAGCCCUGGAAAAGGUGGCCAAUCUGUGAUGUCAUCUCGGAAGAAUGAGUGGGGGGCUGAUGAUGAUACAAAAGAAGAUGUAUGCCCCAAGAGGACACCGCUCGGUGAGAACUCUUGCUCCAGUAUUAAGUGUGGAGGUCAUUCUUCAGGCAUUGUCGAAGUCAAGUCGCUUGAAGGUAGGGGCAAUAUGAAAGUAGCCAGUGACAGUGAUACGAAGAAAUCAGAAAUUUUAUCAUCUCUUCCUCCAGAAAUACCAAAGCAAUCUCUGGGUAUUGAGGGAGGUUUAUCUUUGCCAGCUAUGACAAAAGAGUCAGUUUUGAUGCAGAAAAUUGAAGUUUUAAAUGCAAAAGUUCAUGCUUCUGAUGGACGACCGGAUGUUCCCUAUUCUUCUAGUAGGGCAGAGCAAAGGAAUAGGUCUCAAGUAGUUGAUGCUAAGAUUAGUAGUUCUGCUGUUGAAGUUGGUAAUACUGGUGGUGGAUUUUUUGAAAGGGUUCCUGCCUCCAAUCGAGUCAGUGUUCCUGUAAGGUAUAACAUGUCUCAACCAACAACUGUUUUAUCAAGGAGAACUUAUCAUGGCAGGCAAGGUAGAAUUGACCACCAUGGUAAAGGAAAGUUCACCAGUCAGGAUGCUGAUGGGUGGCAAAAGAAGCUUACAACUGCUGAAUCUUCUAGUAUGAUCGUGGCUUCAAAUGUUGACCCUAAAUCUGAUAUUCAUGGAAGUGGUCAUAACUUUGUUGUUGAAGCUGCUCCAAUUUCUGUGAUCAAUCUCUCAGGGAUGGAGGGAGAAUCUUUGACAGAACUGAAUGAUUCAGCUGAUAAUCAGGCACAGAGUGCAAAAAUGACAGAACUGGCAAAGCAACGUGCCUUAAAACUACAGAAGGAAGAAGAGGAAAGAAGGAGGGAGCAGAAGGCCAAGGCUUUUGCUAAAUUGGAGGAAUUGAAUCGGCGAACACGUACAGGUGAAGCUGAGACCCAGCAGGAUGACAAAACUCAGGCAGUGAGCACCGUCCAGCAUGAGCAAGGAGGAACAAUUGCACUUAAACCGAUGGUUUCAUACAAUCUUCAAUCAUCUAGCCCUACUUCGGCCUCAGAUGCUGAUUUUGUUGCCGAGGGCAGAGACAGCAGUGCUAGUCAGACAGAAGAAUCUGCUAAUAUGCUUAGAGAUUUACCCCUGAAGAGCCCACAAACCCAAUCCGAUGAUGGUGGCAUCUCCAGGCAGAAGUGGAUGGGCAAUAAACAAAAGCAGAGUGUUUCACAUAAGAAUUGGAAUGAAAAUCAAGUUUUAAAUGAUGCACACGAGGAACCAAAAAGCCUUACUGAUGUAUCUUUGAAUGAUGUUAAAGCAACAGAGGUUAAUUCAAUCGAAGUCAGACCUAGUGGCGAGUCAAAUGCAGCCAAUAUUGGUAAUAUCAUUUCAGAACCCUCCAUGCAGCUGAGAAGGAGAAGUAACAGGAGUAGCAAGAACAAACUCAAACUGGACAAGGCUUCCCCAGUCCCGACUUUACCAUCAGUAAUGCCAAAGGACAAUAAUUUUGCACAAGAGUCCACUGAAAUCGACAAGUCCAAGACUUCUUUGCUGGGUGCUACAUCUGACAGAGUGCAGGCUCCAGAGGUACACUCUUCUUUACCUAAUGAAGAAGCUGACAGAAGAGUGAGCAACCAGUGGAAACCUCACCGCCACAGCAGAAUGCCAAGAAAUCAACAGGCAAAUAGAUUCAUGGAUAAAUUUCAUAGCAAUGACACUGUUAUGUGGGCGCCUGUGCGUUCACAGAACAAAAAUGAGGGUGCAGUUGAAACGAGUGAAAAAUCUAUUCCUGAAACUUUGAGUCUAGCAAAAACCGAUACUAUUGCUCAGCAUAGUUUGAAAAGUAAGAGGGCUGAAAUGGAGAGAUAUGUUCCAAAGCCUAUGGCCGAGGAGCUGGCUCAGCAGGGAAGUAUUCAACCCAUUACAUCUUCCACCAUUCCAUCUGUUUCAGUUGAGGCUAGUGGUAGAACAACACCUGGAUCUGCUGGCUCUGGAAGUCUGCAACCUGUCAGCCCAGAUACUGGAAUUGUUCGAUCUGCUUUAGAGUUCAAGGAGGGGGGUGGCUGGCAUAAUAAACAGGUAAGAACACAUGGAACGUGGCGUCAUCGGAGUUCAACAGACUCAUCACAUGAGAAGGGUGUGCAUAAUGGAUCAUCUCUUAUAUCUGACCCUGGCAAGGAUGUGCAGAAAAUAACAGACCAAAAUAUAUUUGUGAAGCGUGAAAUAAAUCCAGUAAAAACUGAAGCAAAGGCUCCGAGCAAGAUCAGUCCCUCUGAUUCCGGGAACAUGUCCACUAGUACUGGCAUAGCUGCAGUGGGCAAAUCGCCUGCUGCGAAAGAUCAGGGAGUGACAGGUAGAGGAAAGCAGCAUUCUCCUAAGGGCCAUAGUCGCAUGCAAAAUAAUGAUUAUUCUGAUCACGAGAAUCAUAUUAGCAGCGAAACUGAUAGAGGCUUUGUUCAAUCUGCAGCUUCUGAUGCGAACCAAACCGACAUGACUAUUGCUUCAAAAGAGAGCCAUAGCUCAGGGGAGUGGGCUUCACCUCAUUGGAAACCCAAAUUUCAAUCGUAUUCAGCUAAUGCUCAACAUGGAAACAGAGGUUCCCAGCAUAGAGUGCCUGACCAAGCUGUACGUGAUGAGAACACUGAUCUCAGUGAACCUCGAUCUGUCUGUGGAAGUUAUAUGGUUGAACUACCAAAUGCGGGGCAUAAUCAUGAGUCCAGUAGAGAAAGGAAGUAUGUUCCAUCAAGAGGACGUCCCUAUUCCCCAAACCAAGUUUCUGUUGGAGCUGGUGAACAAGCUCCUGCCGCAUACACAGGUGUUCAGCAUGACCGUAAAUUCUCCUUGGGGUUCAGGAGGAAUGUGAAGCAGAGUCAGCCAGGCCAUGAAUCUCAUGGAGAUUGGGCCUCGGGGCAAGAUAACGGGCGACACAAUAUACCUGCUGUCAGGGGAAGACAGAGGCAGCAUGCGCAUUAUGAAUACCAGCAAGUUGGGUCAUACAAGAAUAGCAAACGUGACAACUUUGAUGGGCCAGCAGAUGUAUCGAACAAUUUGGGCCCAAGAUAAGGGGCCAGAGUAACCCAAAUCGUGGAGGAAAUUUCUUUGGUCCAGAAAGCUGAUAGAUUCUGGUUUGUUGAUGGAGAAGUGAAAUCUGAAAAUAGUUGUUUCCAUGAUGGAUUGUUGAAGGCAGCCAUCCAGAGAAUGUGUAGUGGCUUUGAUUAGGCAAGAUUUUCAGGAACAGGACCGGGUUCUGGUUCACUGCCCUAGGUGGAAUGUUGCUUGUUUAUACGAGGAAAUCAUGUGAUUUUUUCCACUUAACAAUUGUAAGUCAUUCGGAUAUUGAAAUGUGGUUUCAGUUUAUAACCUGAGGAGGGUAUUAGGUAGUCGUGCAAUUGCCUCCCUGUAUAGUAGCAGGCCAAAGCAUGAACUUGGAAGGUAUUUUGUUAUUUUACCAUAUUUUAUUGUAACUUCCUUAAUUUUAGCACGAUAAGUGAUUGGUUGUGAUCCA